UUUGAUGCUCACAUGAGAACUCAUACGGGUGAAAAGCCGUUUUCAUGUGUGAACUGUGGAAAAUGUUUUAGUCACAAACAGCAUUUAACUCGGCACAUGAUGAUUCACACUGGUGAAAAGCCGUUUUCAUGUGUGAACUGUGGAAAAGGUUUUAGUCGAAAACUUAGUUUAACUCAGCACAUGAUGAUUCACACUGGUGAAAAGCCGUUUUCAUGUGCGACCUGUGGAAAAGGUUUUUGUCAAAAACAGGUAUUAACUCGGCACAUGAUGAUUCACACUGGUGAAAAGCCGUUUUCAUGUGUGACCUGUGGAAAAAGUUUUAGUCACAAACAGGUUUUAACUCAGCACAUGAUGACUCACACUGGUGAAAAGCCUUUUUCAUGUGUGAACUGUGGAAAAUGUUUUAGUCAAAAACUUAAUUUAACUCAGCACAUGAUUAUUCACACUGGUGAAAAGCCAUUUUCAUGUGUGAAAUGUGGAAAAGGUUUUAGUCACAAACAGGUUUUAACUCGGCACAUGAUGAUUCACACUGGUGAAAAGCCGUUUUCAUGUGUGACCUGUGGAAAAGGUUUUAGUCACAAACAGCAUAUAACUCAGCACAUGAUGAUUCACACUGGUGAAAAGCCGUUUUCAUGUGUGAACUGUGGAAAAAGUUUUAGUCACAAACAGCAUUUAACUCAGCACAUGAUGAUUCACAAUGGUGAAAAGCCGUUUUCAUGUGUGACCUGUGGAAAAAGUUUUAGUCACAAACAGCAUUUAACUCAGCACAUGAUGAUUCACACUGGUGAAAAGCCGUUUUCAUGUGUGAAAUGUGGAAAAGGUUUUAGUCACAAACAGGUUUUAACUCGGCACAUGAUGAUUCACACUGGUGAAAAGCCGUUUUCAUGUGUGAAAUGUGGAAAAAGUUUUAGUCACAAACAGCAUUUAACUCAGCACAUGAUGAUUCACAAUGGUGAAAAGCCGUUUUCAUGUGUGACCUGUGGAAAAGGUUUUUGUCAAAAACUUAGUUUAACUGAACACAUGAUGAUUCACACUGGUGAAAAGCCGUUUUCAUGUGUGAACUGUGGGAAAUGUUUUAGUCGAAAACGGAUUUUAACUCAGCACAUGAUGAUUCACACUGGUGAAAAGCCGUUUUCAUGUGUGAACUGUGAAAAAAUCUUUAGUCGCAAAGGUAGUUUGACUCGCCACGAGGCGUCACACAGGUGAAAUGCAGUAGAAGAAUUU